AUGGCAGCGAGCGGUGCGCGCCGAUGGGGGCUCGAUCAACUAUCAGUCCGUGGCAAGGUAGCUCUUGUAACGGGCGCCUCGUCGGGAAUCGGCCACGAUCUCGCGCUGUUCCUCGUGGCACGUGGAUGCCACGUGGUCGCCGCAGCUCGCCGCGUGGGCCGCCUGGAUCAGCUGUGCGCGGAGGCGGAAGCAAUGCGCCGAGAAGCGGAAGAAUUGCGCCGAGAGGGGGAAGGGAUGCGCGGAGAGGCGGAGGGCAUGUGCGGAGAGGGGGAUGAUCCACGCAACGGGAGAAGCUCUGACUUAUCAAACCCGAUUGACGCUGGAGGGCGGGAACGGCGGGCCGUGGGAAAUGAUGACGUGACUCGAGAAUCGUCAGUCGGAGAUUCUGGACGGCCAGGAUCGCAUUUUAUUGUUGGAAACGAGAUGCCGGGGCGCAUGAGGGCUGUUGCGAUGGACGUCGCGGCGGACGAGGCGGCGGUAGAUGCGGCGGUGCAGGCGGCGUGGGACGCGUUCGGGCGGAUCGACGUGCUGGUCAACAACGCGGGGUUCCGAGGGAAAAAGGUGGACGCGAUCGACAUCAGCCAAUCAGAGUUCGACACGUCAUUCCACACCAACGUCCGAGGCGCUUGGCUCGUUUCCAAGGCUGUGGUUCGGCGCGUGCUGGGGCGGGCUGGCGGGGGGGCGCGAAGAGAGGGGAGGGGGAUGGGAAAGGGGGGCAAAGGAACAGAGGAAAAGAGUGAAAGAGCUCCUGAAGGGGGUUGUAACGGAGGCACCCGCACGGUUUUGAGUGUAAUCAACAUUGCGUCUACGGCCGGUAUACCCGGGGCCAUUCUCCCCGGCGGUGCUGCUUACUCCUCCUCCAAGGCUGCUCUCAUGCGCCUCACUGUGGCCAUGGCGAAGCUCCUAGACAAGCCGUGGAUGGAGAGGAACGCACAGGUGGUGGUGCCACUGCAGAGGUACGACACAGUUUGGAUGGCUCUGAAACGGUUUGGAGGCUGUCAAGAGGGGUGGGGGACAAUCCACCCUGACCUCACAUCGCUUCUACUUCUCCUUGCCUCAGACGCCUCUUCUUACAUCACAGGGCAGUGCAUUGCUGUAAACGGCUAUAUCAGUGGCUCCAACCUUCCUCACCCUAUUGCCUUCUUUCGCCCCUCCCCCGUUCCUCCCCCUCCGCCACAGGUGGGGGACAAUCCACCCUGA